AUGUGGCUUACAAGGAACAGUGUUAAGGAUUUGCAGUCUAUGGAGGCAGCUGUUGAGCCUCUUAAUGAGGGAAUUUUCUCUCUCUGUAACAUUUGCAAGUCUCUCUUUGAUGCUCAAGUUGAUCAAACCACUGACAUGUGCUCCAAUUACAAACAAACCAGGGGACAUAUUGAGAACACUGAGCGGUGCCUGGAAAAAUCUGAGACGAUAAGUAAAGAAAAACUGGGAUCUUUGGAUGAAUGCAUAGAGCGAUUUACUAAAGAAAAAGGAAAUUAUGAGCAGCAGAAGAAGGAAAAAUGUAUGGCCAAUGAUAAAUUAAAUACUGAGAAGAACUCUGCUGAAGAAUUGUUAAAGAAUGCCAAAGCAGCUUUGGAGCAGGCAGAAAAAAAUGUAGAAUCAGCAAAAUAUGCCUUAAGAGUACAUCAAGACAGGAAGAGCACAGGUGAUGGGCUAGUGAUUGCAGGGGCAGCACUGCUUGCAUUACCAUUUAUUGGAUGGAUUUCUGGUUCAAUCAUGAUCUGUGAGGGAGAACGUUUAAUUAAUGAGGCUUCAAGGGCUAUCAGGGAUGCUGAAGAUGAGCUUGAAGAAAAUGAGUCUAAGGUGAAUGAGAACAGCAAGAAAGUGUCUAAUUACCAAUCCAGGAUCUCUAGCAUACAGAAUGAGAUUGAAGAGACUGAUAAGGUGCUGAAUAAAAUUCAGAGGGAGACUGAAGAGGUGAACCAGCAUCUAGAGGUCACAGCUGAAUUUCAAGAAAUUGUCAGGAAGGCUGUGAACGCUGUGAGUGUUCUUAGGGGUAGAGUCACUGUACUGGAGAGACAAACACAACGAUUCGUCCUCUGGCAGCCUGUGAUAAAGGCCAUUAAGGAUGUGAUGAAGGCAGCUGAAAAUGUUGCAGGGGAUCGCCUCCUCUACAGUCAGGGUGUGUCUGGCCUCAUAAAUACAUUGAGGGAGAAAACUGGAGAACUAGAGGCUUUAUGCAACUCACCCAAUAAUUCUGAACAAGACAGCUAUUACUGAUCAUCAUCUAAUUGUACAAUGCAUAAAGAAAAUGCUGUACAUGUGUAAGGGGGCAAGAAACAAAUGACAACAAGACACUAAAAAACAAGUGGUGUUUCAUAUAAAAGCAUGACAUAGCAAUG